AUGGAGCAGAAACAUCCGCUGUAUUUUGUUGUUGAAACUGAAGAAGAACUUGAAGUGAAGGCAAAAUCCAAAAUCAAAAGAUAUUUUACGAUCAGACGGGAUUCCGGAGGUGGUGACUGCGGGGAGGUUGAGAAAGUCGGAGGAAGACUUUACAAAAUAUCUUUUGAUCUGAAAGAAGAUCAAGAAAGGGUUUUGGGAAGGAAAACUCACAAGAUUACUCUGCCAUCUGGAAUUUUGCAACUUACAGUGUCGAGAACAGCGCCUGAGCCUGAUACUACUGCACAAGUAACUUCAACAACAGCAGCAAAGCCUGAUACCUCAAAUCGAGUGUCCGUCGAGGCGUCGGCCAUUCCUCAGCCGCAAGUUUUGCUUUCAGGGCCUCAGCAAUUAGUCUUAAAAACCAAAUUGGAACUUACCAAAGAACUUUCCAGCUUGAUUUCGGAUACUUUAGAAAUAGAUGGGCCUGGAGCAAGGCAGUACUUCAAAGCAGAGGGGAAGGCGAGUAAAGAGGUGAUAGAAAAGCUUCAUAGAGUUUUCAUUCGAGACAUAGAGAAUGUGGAGGAGCCAAAAGUUGUGAAGGAUUCUGUGCCAGCAAAAAGUUUACCGGCAAAAAAUCCACCAGCAAUAAGUCCACCAGCACCAAGCCAACAAGCACCAAGCCAACCUGAAGCAGUUGUAAGAAGGAGAAGUUCUGUGGAAAUAAACAACGUCAAAGUGGAGAUCAAGAUGGACAGUCUUCUUAAUGAUUACGUGGACAUGCUGAUUGUCCCGAUGCUGAAGAAGAGCUUACAGUCCACAAAGACUGGUAAAAGUUUGGCAAAAAAAGGAGGACUGCCGCUGAAGAUGAAGUUCAGUAAUGCAUCGUGGAAGUCUGUGGCUCCUGGAGAAGUUGUGGAAGUGAAGGCUCCUGAGGCUCUGAACUGCUACAAACUCCUCUUCAUCAAGUGUUGGCCCAGGGACGGAUCGUCCAGACAGAGUCAGCAGCAGGUCCUGAGGAAUGGUCUCCAGCGCUGUCUGGAGCUGUGUGUGGAGCAGGGCCACAGCUCAGUGGCGCUCCCAGUGGUGGAUCUGGGGACCGUGCUGGACUCGCUCACAGAGGCAGUUAAGCUGCUAAUAGAGGAGCUGCGCAAGUUUGAAAGCACAGCGCCCUCUACUGUACUAAACAUCCACAUUGUCACUCAACCUGAUGAAGGCACAACUGUGAAGGUGGGGAACUCUGUUCUGAUUAUCAGUGAUACAAACUAA